AUGCAAACAGAGGCUGCCUGUGGAGCUGCAUUAUUGGCAUUGAAGGGUGCUCAACACAACAGUUAUCGAGAAAGGAUUUUUUUAACUCUUGAAAGUAAGCUUGUUUUAAAUUGUUUUCAGAGUGCUGGAAUGCAAUUUCCUCAGAGGCCUCGUGAAAGACCAUCAAGCGAAAGACCAUCAAAUAAUCAGACUGCCCAAGGAAAUAAGAAAAUUACACUCAAUGGGGAACUUGCUGCCUCUAGACAUGGAAUGGUUGCUCAGCCAGCACCAGUGGAGCCUCAAGUUGUUCCGGAAUCCAGUAUUAUUCAGAAGGCUAGUAAUGCUCUGGAGGUUUUGAAAGAAGUCCUUCAUGCUGUUGAUUCUCAAAAUGGAGCAAAGAACGAGUUUACUCUUGAUCUCGUGGAACAAUGUUCUUUCCAAAAGCAGAGAGUAAUGCAUCUUGUGAUGACUUCUAGGGAUGAGAAGCUGGUCUCUCGAUCUAUUGAAUUGAAUGAGCAGCUACAGCAAGUUCUGGCAAGACAUGACGCCCUUCUUUCUGGGAGAUAUACAGUUUCAGAUAGGAAUACCUUUUCCAAUAUAACUACCACAGCCCCAAAUCAUUUUAAUCAUGAAGAAUCAGAGGAAGAGGAGGAGCCUGAACAGCUUUUCCGAAGGUUAAGAAAAGGAAAGGCCUGUGCAAGACCUGAAGAUGAAGGCAACUUAGAAGAGCAUCUCCCUUUGGGCAUAAUUGGAUCGACCAUUCCAGUAGAAAGGCUGAACCGUCCACUUAUACGGCCACUUCCUUCAGAGCAGCCACAAGAACCCAGUGCACACCCUGCAGCUGUUGUAAUUCCACCGCCACCUGCAAAACACAUUCAAAGGGAGAAAUUCUUUCAGGAAAAGAAGGUUGAUGGUUCUGAUGUGGAUAGCCACAUGAGGGGUCUUUCAUUACACAGUCGCAAUGCCAGCAGUUCCCAUGGUGGAAGCAUAGAUUUUGGUGUGACUAUGCACUAGAGAGAUAGAUGUUCACUUAAACUUAUGGUUUUUCAUCAGUGUAUUUAGUGAUUUAUGUUAAGGUGGUUUCCCAUGCACUGUUUAUGAGGGUGGUUUUUAUUGUUAGUCAGGUACUAGUGGGUAUAGGAAGGUUACAGAUGCAGAAUUUGUCAUACUCUCUCAUUUGACUUCACAUUUAUUUAAGUUUUACUUAUGUUCCUGAAGAGUUCUACCUAAGUUCGCACUUUUAAGCAAGCUGGAACACUGUUUCUCUCAUGGGAGGGGUUUGUAUACAGGAGGUUUUUCUAUAUGUUAUUCCUUAUCGGUUACUAUCA